GAGCAGAGCCGAGGAGCCUUGGGGAAUCUCAAAGUUUGUGUCUGGAGCAGUAGUGGAAAGUGAGCUUAUUGAGAAGGGCUUUUCUUGGGAUGAGUACUGAUCUCCUGCCUUUAUUUUGGAUACACACCCUGCUCUAUUCUCCUCAGCCUUCGGUCUGAUCUCUAGACAGUCUGUCUCCUCUGGGAAUUCUCAGGUCUCCGAGGACGCUGAACCGGAGCCCUUGGCAAUUCUCUCUCAGGCAGAGGAGCGAACGUUUUCCUUUCUAAGUGCAUAAGCUACACGCAUACGCACACACACGCACACACACUCACGCAGAGGCGGAUCUCGCCCUCCGAGGCCGCCCUACCCGCUCCCCUCCUGCCCUCAGCAUCCUCGGCCCCGCACGCCUCGGACCACCAUGGAGGUGCUGGAGAGCGGGGAGCAGAGCGUCCUGCAGUGGGACCGCAAGCUGAGCGAGCUGUCAGAGCCCGGAGAAACCGAGGCUCUCAUGUAUCACACGCACUUCUCGGAGCUGCUGGAUGAGUUUUCCCAGAACGUCUUGGGCCAGCUCCUGAACGACCCUUUCCUCUCAGAGAAGAGUGUGUCGAUGGAGGUAGAGCCGUCCCCAACCUCCCCGGCGCCUCUCAUUCAGGCUGAGCACAGCUACUCCCUGUGUGAGGAGCCUCGGGCCCAGUCACCGUUCGCCCACGUCACCGCCAGUGACAGCUUCAAUGAUGAUGAAGUGGAGAGUGAGAAAUGGUACCUGUCUACAGACUUUCCAUCAACAACCAUCAAGACAGAGCCAAUCACGGACGAGCCGCCCUCAGGACUAGUUCCGUCUGUCACUCUGACCAUCACUGCCAUCUCUACCCCUUUUGAAAAGGAGGAACCCCCUCUGGAAAUGAACGCUGGGGUUGAUUCCUCGUGCCAGACAAUUAUUCCUAAGAUUAAGCUGGAGCCUCAUGAAGUGGAUCAGUUCCUAAACUUCUCUCCUAAGGAAGCCUCCGUGGACCACCUGCACUUACCGCCCACCCCUCCCAGCAGCCACAGCAGCGACUCAGAGGGCAGCCUGAGCCCCAGCCCGCGCCUGCACCCCUUUGGCCUGCCGCAGACCCACAGCCCCGCCAGGGCCCCAGCGCGGGCCCCCUCGGCACUUGCCAGCUCCCCACUCCUCACCGCACCGCACAAGCUGCAGGGAUCAGGCCCCCUGGUCCUGACGGAGGAAGAGAAGAGGACCCUGAUUGCCGAGGGCUAUCCCAUCCCCACCAAGUUGCCCCUGACAAAAUCAGAGGAGAAGGCCCUGAAGAAAAUCCGGAGGAAAAUCAAGAACAAGAUUUCUGCCCAGGAAAGUAGGAGGAAGAAGAAGGAAUACAUGGACAGUUUGGAGAAAAAGGUGGAGUCUUGUUCAACGGAGAACUCCGAGCUCCGGAAAAAGGUGGAGGUUCUGGAGAACACCAACAGAACUCUCCUGCAGCAGCUGCAGAAGCUUCAGACUUUGGUGAUGGGCAAGGUUUCUCGCACCUGCAAGCUGGCUGGCACACAGACUGGCACCUGCCUCAUGGUUGUUGUGUUAUGCUUUGCCGUUGCAUUCGGCACCUUCUUUCAGGGCUAUGGGCCCUAUCCUUCUGCCACCAAGAUGGCCCUGCCCAGCCAGCAUUCCAUGCAGGAGCCCUACACAGCCUCCAUUGUGAGAUCCAGGAACCUGCUGAUCUAUGAGGAACAUUCUCCCCUGGAGGAGCCAUCCAGUUCGGCCUCGGCUGGGGAGCUUGGGCGCUGGGACAGAGGUGCCUCCCUGCUCAGGGCAUCAGGGCUGGAGUCCAGGCCCGACGUGGAUCUUCCCCGUUUCAUUAUACCAAAUGAGACCAGCCUGGAGAAAUCAGUGCUGUUGGAGCUGCAGCAGCACUUGGUCAGCACCAAACUGGAGGGGAAUGAAACACUAAAAGUUGUAGAACUCGACAGAAGAGUGAACGCCACCUUUUAAAGAGACCGUCGCCACCUCCCUCUAUCUCCUCACUCUACCUUUAUGUCUCCAAACCGCCUUUGUCAUAAGCUUUUCCUUUUUGCCACCUGAUCUUGACCGAAGACCUGGAUGUGCAGUCAUGGCUUUGGAUACGAGGACAGCCUGGGAUUUCCACCCACGGUGAGAGAGCGCCUCCCCCCGGUCCCACGUCCCUCCCUGCAGAAGGGAGCCCGCUUCUCUCCCUCCCUGUUGCUUACUGCCAUAGGAAAUUAUCUUAGGGUCAGGGGUGGGGCGAGCAGGCUUGUUUCUACCGACAGUGCCAAAAAGAUGCCGCCUGCUUCUCACCGGGGUGGGUGUGACCGCCUCUUUGAAGGAGGGCUGACGCUGGUUCGUUCAACUCGAGCCACAAAAAUACCAGGAUGCCUGUUGGAAUCGGCAAAGCACCGACUGACGUCCUGCCUUUGCUCAGCCUGGGUCUCUCCUGCCGCUCUGCGCUGAGCCCCCGCUGACUGGUCCUCCGGCCCUGGAGCUGGAGCGAGGCGUCCCCUUCGUACUCUCAGGCCGCAAGUGCAAUGCCUGAAGGAAUCAGGCUUUUCUACUCCAGGCAAACCUGCCCCAUCAUGUUGCUUGUAGGAUUUCUCCACAAUCUGUGUCCCCACACGCCCCUAGUUCUGCCUCCUUGGCUUCUCCUCCCCAUUUGUAAAUAGUAUUUAUUAGCUCGCUGAGGCUUCCCUGGGCAACCACACUGAAGACAUCCGGACGCCUCCCUCCAAGCUAGCAAAGUCUUCUGUUGGCCUUUGGAGCGAGGAGGGUACCCUAGGCUCUGGGAUCCCCAAUCCUUCCAGGCCAUGUUUUGCUUUCUUUUCUUCUUUUUUGCUGGAGCCCUAUAAUUAUAGUUGGGAAAUCUCCCUAAGCAUGUGUCCUCCUGUAGAAUGAACUCACAGGGAAAGAUGGAGCAGUGCCUCGCUCAGGUCUGGGGCUCUGUGGACAGAUGCUUUUUCUGUCCCAUACCCAUAACAGGGAAGGGGAGCCCUGUCCCUGACAGCAGGCGUUUCAGACAACCCUGCUAGCUUGUCUUUCUCCACCUCCCCUGACACUUCUGCUUUCCCCCUCCUCUUCUGCCUCAACACAGGAGGUGAGCCUGAGGCCUGUUCCUGGGGUCAGAGUAGGUGACAUUUGUGUAUCCACAGUCUUACCUUUUAUAGUCAGGUUUGGCUACUUUGCAGCUCACCCAAAGAGACACGACCUAAUACCCCAACCUACUCUUAUUUUUUUUUAAUGAUUAAAAGUAACUUUUGUAGUUUUAAAAAAAACUUUCCUCUUUCAUACAAAUAAGAAAUGGAAAUUGACUUUUUACUGUAUAAUGUAGAAGACUCCCCUUAAGUGUUUUUCCCUAGCUUGUAAAAGAUUUUGUGUAAGAAAUUUGCUCACGUUUUGUAUUUUAUUUUUAGUAGCAGCUGAAGCACCCUUAGCUUUAACUCUGUCUCCGUUUCUGUCUCUCAUCUACAUUGUCAUUGGAACCUGUACUUAGGAGAGAUUAAGCUAUACCUGGGCCUUCUGUUCCAUAGCAGACACAGGAUUUGGUGUCAUUAGCAUUUGCCGUCAGACCUCAUAAGCAGAUCUGGUACCUUUGGGGCUCACCGUCAGUGAUUCCUCUCUCCCUACUGUGAUGGAGAGAGUUCUGGCUGGGAGACAGCCAAAUUCAUCUUCUUAGCACUGAUGUAAAGCUGGAUCAGGAUUGCAGUGGUCCUGGCAGCCCUCUCAGUCCUCUGCACGCCUCUCACUGUCCCUUCCAUUGGCCGGGGAGGGCUGAGACCGGCUGGGCUGUGCAGGAGGAAGGUUGCUAGCAUGCGCCCUGCUUCUGUUUCUCUCUACCUUCUCCUCUCCUUCUCUUCUGCUCUAGACCCUCUUGGGCCUGGCUGGUGUCUGCUAACCAUGGGCCACUACUGAACCAUCCCUCUCUUUAAAAUGUCAUGUAAUUAUCAGACACAGGCAGCCUGUGUGCAUGGGGAGGGAGAGGGCGGCUAAGAAGGGAAGAAUAUAGAAUUAACUCAAGUAGUAUUUGGACGGUAAGAAAGGCAAGCUUUUGUAUGUCAGUGGGAGUGGGUCAGCUUACCCACCUGACCCACUGGAACCAGAUCGGGUUUUUAAGUCUCCUGGAUUAGGCUGAGUAGAAAACCAGCUCUUCUGAAUAAGGAGGGAGAAGGAAAAGGUCAGCAAACUCCGAGCGCCUGUCUUUAGUGCCUUGAGGAUUUUAUUUCCUCCCUGACCUACCCUUGCUUGACGUCACUGUCUCCAGCCCUCCAUACAGCAGGGCUUGAUCUCUGGGAAACCGUUCUUCCCACAACUGAAUCUGUGUCUAGAGACCAGGGACAUCAGCGUGAGAGCUCAAAUGGCCAUCGUAAGGGGAUCCAAGGACCAAUUGCUGCUAUUAUGAGAAAGACCUCUGCCCUCUACUCCUUGCUUGGGUGAGUAAGGGGAACUAAACAGUUAUCCCUUUAGGAGGACGUAAUGGAGUCAAGAGGAUGCAGAAGAGUUGGAUAAUACCAGAUUGGUUCCAAAUAGUUAAUGGGUGUGUGCACCUUUUCUGUUCCAGGGUUAAGCCCACAAUGUCAGUGGAUUUGUUUCCCUCCCCAGAGCCAUCCCAUAGAUGAGUCAGUAAUACCUGGUUAGCCCUGAAGGUGUCAAACAGUGGCAGCCUUUUGGUUUCUGAACCUCAG